CUUCUCUAGGGCUGCUCCAGACUGUGCAGGACACCUCCACUCUCCCUUUGCCUCCCUCUGCCCCUAAGGCUGGGUGGGGACAGGCUGGGGCCACCAGCAGCUCCAUGGACAGAGACGUUGCCUCUGCUCACCUUCCAGCUUUGGAAAGAAAGGAAGAAAGAUCUGCGUUGAUUUGCAUUUGGGGGAUCCUACACCCUCCUAAACUUCUGGGGGCAGAAAAAGUGAUUUGACCUUGCAUUGACUGUAGAAGAAGGGACAGAAAGAGCCCAGAGCAUUCUCCCAGAUGUUCCUGCUGUGACUUCUUCACCAGCUCCGUGAUGGAACCAUUAGAAAGGCCAUCGACUGACUGGACACACAAGGAAGCAGAAAUUCUAAUUGGUCCCCAACCAGAUCAGAACAGGGGGUGGAGCCCUGGAGACAGGAGUACAGUACCUGCACCUAUCCCCCCAGCCCUAUCCUUCCUCCUCCUCUUGCCACUGGCCAGUGCCCUACAGCCCACCCCACUGCCUUUUCCAGAACUGAGGUUGGUGGGGGGUCCGAGCCGCUGCCGGGGGCGUCUGGAGGUCCUGCAUGGUGGCUCCUGGGGCAGCGUUUGUGACGAUGACUGGGACGUGGUGGACGCCAAUGUGGUAUGUCGUCAGCUGGGCUGCGGCCUGGCGCUCCCCGUGCCGAGGCCCCUUGCCUUUGGGCAGGGCCGAGGCCCCAUCCUGCUGGACAACGUGGACUGCCGUGGGCAGGAAGCUGCUCUGAGCGAGUGCGGCAGCCGAGGUUGGGGAGUCCACAACUGCUUUCACUACGAGGAUGUGGCUGUCCUGUGUGACGAGUUCUUGCUCACACAAACCCCAACAAAGAAAGUGUUAACCAGCAGGGCACCCCCUACAACUACCCAGAAUGGGAGAGGCGAGGGCAGUGUGCGCCUGGUGGGGGGCGCAGGCCCCUGCCAGGGCCGAGUGGAGAUCCUGCACGGCGGCCUGUGGGGCACUGUGUGCGACGAUGACUGGGGGCUGCCAGACGCCACCGUGGUCUGCCGCCAGCUGGGCUGCGGGGAGGCCCUGGCUGCCACCACUCACCCCUUUGGCCCCAUCCUGCUGGACAACGUGGGCUGCGCCGGCACGGAGGUCCGCCUGAGCGACUGCUUCCACCUGGGCUGGGGGCAGCACAACUGCGGCCACCACGAGGACGCGGGAGCGCUCUGCACAGUUCUAGGGCCCGCGACGCUCACAGCACUGCCACCCUCAGCCACAAGAGAGGACUGGGCCUGGCACACAGAGCCAGAGGCCACAAGAGUUGGUGCCCUGCCUUCUAGGGAGACAGCCUUGUUCACCACAGCCUCCUGGGUCGCGGGGAAGAAAAGUAAGUGGCAGAGCGGGGAUUCCGGGGCGGGUGGGAAAAGGUGGAGCUGGGGCCCUGCUUGGGAGCUGGUGGCUCCAGAGCAGUCCCUCUGGCCCCCUGGCCCAGAGGAGCUAGGACUGCAAGUCCAGCAGGAUGGUUCUGAGACCACCCGGGUUCCCACUCCUCGGCCCAGGGACGGGCACCUACGUUUGGCCAAUGGAGCCCAUCGAUGCGAGGGGCGUGUAGAGCUCUUCCUAGGACAGCGGUGGGGCACUGUCUGUGAUGAUGCUUGGGACCUGAGGGCAGCCGGUGUCCUGUGCCACCAGUUGGGCUGUGGUCAAGCUCUGGCAGCCCCUGGAGAAGCCCACUUUGGCCCAGGCCGAGGCCCUAUCCUCCUGGACAAUGUCAAGUGCCGUGGGGACGAAAGCACCCUUCUGCUCUGCUCUCAUAUCCGCUGGGAUGCCCACAACUGUGACCACAGCGAGGAUGCCAGUGUUCUGUGCCGGCUGUUGUGACCUGCAGACCACCUCUUCUAGGAACCUACUAUGGCCUGCCCCUCUUCCUCCAGGAAGCCUUCCUCCUGUGACAAUUGCAGUUCACUCAGCCCUUCCUCCCCUUGCCUGGGAGAGAGCCUGCCCAAAUGGUGUGGUCCUGCAUAGGAUGGCCUGGCUUUAUCCCAUCAGCUGUUGUGGACCCAAUUCAACAAGAGCUCCCACUUUCUGCUCAGCCAAAACAGAAAAUUGGGGAAAGGGAAUGACUUCUAACUCUCUCUUUGGUAGGGCUCCAGGUACAGCACCCCUAAUCCUACCUUCCUGGAACCCAAUCCGGGUGAUUCAGGAGAAAAUGGGGUCUCUCCCUUCCCCCGACCCAUCUUGGGAUCCCCAAGAAGAGGGAAGACAGAAGCCUGCAGCCCUUACCUUAGCCUGCCUGGGACUGUAGAAGAACCUGGGUCGUUGCCCUGGCUUGUUCCAUGAGGGCCCAGACUCAGAUGGUGCUUGACUGGAUAAGGGGACUGGAGGGGCCAAAGCAGGGACAGUGGCCCCUCCCUGCAGCUAGAACCAGCAUCUGUGAUUUAUGCUGCCCCCACCACAGAGCCUCCACUUUGCAAUAGCAAAGAACUGUGGGGGUCUGUAACCAUCCAUUCAUAGGUGCCAAGUCAAUAAAGCAUUGUACCCUCUGUCUUUUAACCGA